AUGGGACAACAAUCGUUGAUUUACAGUUUUGUUGCUCGUGGCACGUUGAUCAUAGCAGAACACAGUGACUUCACAGGAAACUUCACCACCAUAGCUUUACAGUGUCUUCAAAAACUCCCUGCUUCUAACAACAGGUUCACUUACAAUUGCGACGGUCACACCUUCAGCUUCCUCGUUGAUAAUGGAUUCAGUUACUGUGUAGUGGCAGUGGAAUCUGUUGGUAGACAAAUUCCAAUAGCUUUUCUUGAACGUAUUAAGGAUGAUUUUAAUAAAAGAUAUGGUGGAGGAAGAGCUGCAACAGCAACUUCUAAAAGUCUUAACAAAGAAUUCGGACCGAAGUUGAAGGAGCAUAUGCAAUAUUGUGUGGAACAUCCUGAGGAAGUUAGCAAGCUCGCUAAAGUCAAAGCACAAGUUUCUGAAGUCAAGGGUGUUAUGAUGGAAAAUAUUGACAAGGUUAUUGAUCGGGGAGAAAAGAUUGAAGUUUUGGUGGAUAAAACCGAGAACCUUCGCUCUCAGGCACAAGAUUUCAGGCAGCAGGGAACCCAAUUGAGGAGAAAGAUGUGGUAUCAGAACAUGAAGAUCAAGCUCAUUGUUCUUGCUAUCAUAAUUGCAUUGAUUCUAAUUAUUGUUCUUUCUGUGUGCCAUGGAUUCAGUUGUUAA